AUGCUGGGCAGCUCCAGCUUAACGAGCAUCCCAUCGCUGAGCGGCGUGCCGAACACGACUGCUGGUGCUGCUGGCGCUGGCAGCGGUGCCGCAGGCGGCGCCGGCGCCGCGUCUGGUGGUGGCGUGGCCGGGGCUGGUGAGUUGUGCUUCCUCAUGCACCCGUCUGGUGGUUGGAUAUGCCGCGCCAUGGCGUUUAACGAGAAAGAGGUGAGCCACGCGAAUGGUGCUAUCAGCGUCAACCAGUCCCUCACGUCUAAGUGCGCGCUCAUCAACGAGGUCGCCAAGGGCAAGAUCAUGGCGCGCAUCCUGAGCACGUACCAGUAUGUGCAGGAGCGCUACGGACUCUCACAUGUGGAGGUGACCGUGGACAACCAGUACCUUAGCCGCUCCGACAUGUUUCUCAUAUCAGAGGCGCUGCGGGAGCGUAUCCUGUACGAGGGCGAGGAGAUGCACGUCUGCGGUUUCCGCAUUCGCGUGCGCGAGAUGCUGCAGGAGGUGGUGAGCACGCCGAACACGGCGCCAAGCAGCGCCGCCACCUCCCUUGCGCCUCCCGCGUUCUCCGCCUUCUUGCCGGGCGUGAGUGCGUCAUCGGCAGGCGUGUCAUCCGCACCUGCGACACCUGCUGGCGUAUCCUCUUCCGGUGGCACUACCGGCACUGCAGCUUCUGGCGUUGGCGCUUCGGGGAACGCCAUGAGCAUCGGCGCCGGCGCCGCGGGGGCUGCCGGGACCGCUGCGACAUCAGCGGCGGGCGCCAUCGCGCACAUCCGCGUCGGCAACGGCAUUGUACUGCCCACCACCCGCAUCAACUUCCAGUCCCUGUCGCCGGUUCAUUACAUCCUCCUCGAGCUGUCGUGUGAGAUGUGGGAGACGACGAUGGACGGCCGCAUAGCGCUCACUUUGGCCAUCCGAAAAUUUCUCAGUGAGCUGCUGCUGAAGCAGCUACCGAAGCACAAAGCCUCCCCGCUUAUCUGCGUCGUCUUCACAGGACGACUGCGCAAGGAGUUCCAGUUCAGCCGACACGGCGACGUCUUUCACCUGCUGGAGUUGCCGCGAGAUCUGCGCAGCAACGUCGACAUUGUGGAAGAGAUCCGCAUUCACUGCGAGGCGCUUGUGGAUCGCGUGCUGCGGGAGGUGCAUGACUCCGCUUGGCGGCAGCUGGAAGCCGAGGUGCGGGCGUACCGCGAGGCCGCUGCGGCGUCCCACUCGCGCGCUAGCGGAGCCAAGAGUGCGGGAUGCAGACUAGCGAACGACGGCGACGACCUGGACACCGACCCGCACUUGCUUCGAGAGAAGGAGGGGUGCGUUGUUGCUGCUACGACCAGCGCCCCAAGCCAGCUCCCACCAGCGAGCGAGACUCUGAAGGGGGGCCGUACCAGCGCAGCCUUUUCCGCAGCCACUGCUGCCACAGAAGCCACCUUUGACGCCUACGUGCGAUCGCGCCAGCAGUACAUCGAGAGCAUCACGGCGAAGCGCUUGUUUGUGCACGCGAAACAGUCGAACACGCUCGAGGCACUCAGCAUCCUACUGGAGCGGUGCACUCACAACUACAUUGAUCGCAAUCUCACGCUCUGCGGACACGCUGUGACGGUGGUAUCGGCCGGAAAGGGCUUCUACCAAGUCACGAACAAUCUUGUGCAGGUUGUGUGCGCUCGGCUGCACGACACAGGGAUAGAGAAGAUUCACGUUGUCUGCAUCGGCCGCCCUCCGCUACACGUGACGCCGCUGCUCGAGUACACGUCCGACGAUGACACGCUGCGGUCGCAGUACCAUCUGCACAGCCGUGUGCUGUCGGGUGCUGGCGUCAGCGCACGGGGCAUGAGGGGCGGCGCGCCUACGCCAUCAUUACCCUCAGGAGAGGCGGAGCGCUACUAUGAGACCCCGGAGUGGAUGUUCGUCUUCUUCUUCCAUGCUUCUCUUCAAUAUAAAAGCGGCGGCGAGACAGUCUUCGAGCUGCUGCCGAAGGAGUGCUGGCUGCGGGAGCACUCGGUGAUGGCGGCGCUCAAGUCGCUGUGGACGACGCCGCCAGAAUCGCAGCAACAAGCGCGGCAGCAGCAGUCUCGGGUGUACUCGGCGUCCACGCUGUUGCAUGGUGGUGCAGCCGGUGACGGUGGUGAGGAGGGUGGCAGCGCCUCUGCCGGAGCGGACGCGACGACCAGCAUGAACGGGAGGGGCGGGGUCGCUGCGGCUGCGGCGAUAAUGGGCUCGUGUGGAAGCCCCAGCGUCGCCGCUGGAGAGCUGUCCCUUCCGGGCGGCAACCCACCUCUGCUCAUUCCCGGGCUGGGGCUGCGCUCCUACCCCGUGCCCGAGGUGACGCUUCCAGUGCAUCCUCACUCUGCCAAUCUACUGCUGUACGCUAAUGGCUGGGGCGCCGGUACACCGGAGUCACAACACGUUGUCCUACCUGCUGGGGUGGCCGCUGGCUUGGCCGUCGCUGCUGGCGGCAUAGGAGGUGGGCCUUCUCAGCCUCCUGCCCCCUUGCCCUUGCAGCCCUUUUUCGCCGAACCUUUCAGCGCCUCGUGGACCGGCAGCAUGAGCGCCGAGCAAGCCCCGUCACUGACGUCGCCACUCUGCAGCUCGAGCGGCAAAGCAGCAGCGGCCGGCUGGCUCGGCGCCGCUGCUGCUGCUCCGGUUUCGACAGUGUCCAAGGGAAGCAGCCCUCUGUUGGUGCGCAACACGACGACCACCAGCAGCUUCUUCGCCUCCCCGACAGCCCCGACGCAGGGGCCCAUGCCACGCUGGAUAACGGGCACCGGCGCACAGGCGGCACAAGCCAUGGCUUGCCAACAGGCGCAGCUGCAGCAGGGGCUGCAGCCGAUGCUCACCUCCUACACGUUUCCACACAGCUCAGCGAGCAAUGCGCUGCUGCAGCACGCGCGAUAUGCGCAGCCGAUCCAAGCAUUCAACGGCAUGCCAUUCAUGGCGGCGGGGGCACACAACGGCGGCAACUGGGGUAUCGAAGUCGCCCCUACAUCGGCGGUAACGUGGGGCUCCGCUCAGCCGCGGCGCUCCCGCACUGGGGUUGCCGGGGCGUCCGGUGCAGCAUGCCACCACCUUGCUGCACCCAACGGAAAUGGAGGCCAUCACACGACAAUGGUGGCGGUAGCGGCCUCUGCGUUUGGCGGCGGCCGAGUUAGCCACCCCAACAGCCUGCCUUCGUACUACGCCACCAGCGCCAAGCCAGCUCUGCACAUCAGCCGCUCCUUCGACCAAAAGACGACCGCGAACCUCGAGCACUAUUCCCUUGGCGGCCUCGAGCACUCCCUGCGCAGCGUCGGCUCGCCUCUGCUGGGACUGUAUGCCAACGCACCGCGCCUGCAAACCCGCUCACUGCUGUGGCGCGACCGCAGCACCUCUAAAUCCAGCAUGACCUCUAUCAUCACCUCCGUGGCAGCCGCCACCACCGCCGCGGGCACAGACCUCGGUGUCAGUUGCAGCAGCGCCGGCGGUGGGCUGCGGUCGGUGCAGCUGCGGCUAGAGGAUGGCCACAUGUACCGCGAUGUCAUGGGCGUAGCCGCCUCGUUCGCCUUCUGCGCGUGGUACUGCCUCCACGCGUCCAAGCCGCACCAGGACUGCGGAGGCGGCUCGACGGCCGUGACGGGCACCGGUGCGACGAACGCGCCCGUAUCACACGCCAUGGCUGCACGCCAUGGAGGCAGUGGUGCUGCCGCCGGUGCAGCUGCCGAGUCUAGCUACGGCGAUGCCUCUCUCCAGGCUUCGGUGAAGAGCUGGCAUAAGGCCCCGAGCGGCACGCGCAGCGACGCCGUCUUCUGCGGCUGCAACGUGGUGGACAGCGACUUGCGCAACGGGUAUCUGAUCCUGGAGAUUACCAUCAGUGCGGCGGUGCUGCCGAAGUCGUUCUGGUCGCCUCGGCUGCUUCUAGACGACAACUGCUGGGCCCACCUCAUGAGCUGCUUCACUGGCCGCGAUGACCGCCUCACGUUGGAUGAUGAGCUUGAGUUUGUCUCCAAGGACGGCACAGAUGACGACGCCCUCACUAUUCAUGGCAACAGAACUGACGGACAGUCGUCGCCACUGAACGGCAGCAGCGGCCGGAGAUGGUGCGAGGAGGAUGCUGGAGGCAACGUCACGUCAUCGGCAGCCGCAGCGACUGCCGCGGCGGCGGGCAACGAGCCGGGCGGCGGCACCCGCGGCGUCCCUGAGAGCGGCGGCGCUGGUGAUGACUACCACUUCCAGUCCGACUUCCGCCCUGCCGAGGUGUUCUGCCGCUCCCACAGCGGCAUCACCCCAGAUGGGCGGACGCUCAUCAUCCCCACGCACAGCAACGGCGUGUACUUCCAGUCCUCCGAGGAGAUCCUCCUGCGCUUCAGUCCGCAACUGUUUGUGUCGACCGUGGACGAGGUCGAUGAGGCGGCGCUGGAGCAGGUUGGCCCCACGACGUCGACUGUGCCGCACCACCAUGACACAGCUGCUGCGGAUGAUGAGGCGGUAGAGAGAUGGUCAACAGUGAGCUGUGUCUCGCGUCCGAUAUCGUGCAACGAAGGAGGGGAGGCGCUCUCGGGCGGUGCCGCUGUUGAGCCGGCGGGACGGCAGGCUGUCUGCGGGCGCCUGCAGAAGGAAGAAGAGGGGAGCUGGUCUUUGCCAACUAGCGGCAGCGCCGCUGCAGCGACGACCACCGGCGCAACGGAUGAUGUAGGUGGGGAAGGGCAAGCACCGGUGCCUCCGCAUCCAACCGGUGCCGAGUUGAUGCAGAGCAUCGUCGAAAGCGGCAGCAGAAGCAGCGCUGACAGCGUAGUGAUAUCGCGUGCCAAGACGGCGAAGGACACGACCGCGGCUGCGCCGCGGUCGUCGAACUCUGCUUGUGCGUCGGGCAGCGUGAACAUCGACGCAGAAGUGAUGGAGCCGGCGGCGGAUGCGCCGUCGCGGCAGACCGCGGCGCCGGCGACCGAGGACGCGAUGGCGUCAACGGAGUCGCUUCCUACACCGAAAGACGGCACCGCUCGUUCUACAAAGUCCGCAACGUCGACAUCCCGACCUUAUCCACUGCACCUGCGACCGACAGUGACAGUCACCAACUCCCGAGCACCAGCCGCAGGGGCGCCACUGCAGCUGCGCAUGACAGCGGCCAGCCGGCAAGGAAGCAGCAGCAUCGCUGGACCGCCUUCGUCGUCGCCGACUCCGACGACCGCUACGUACUCGGCCGGGCAGCACCCCGCAUACAGUUCGCUUCACCACGACGAGGUGCCGCUGAUGCCCGGCACAACCGUGACCGUGGGUUUUGUGCAGCUGCGCAACAGUCUUCUCUUCGCGAUCAAGCCCAUCAACCCCCUUCGGCACGGUUCUGAGGAGGAGCAUCGCGAAGAUCUGACGGCGCUGUCGCAGUCGGCCGAGAGCGUGAGCACCGCAACGGUACUGCGCCGUCGCUGGCAGUGGAAGCACCCUGAUAUCGCCUCCGAGCCGCAGCACCUGGCGAGCUGGACGCGUCUGUGCACGUGUAGGCUGCUGCCCUUGUACGGCAGUAAGCCGGCUUACCCGCGUGAGAGCUUCUACACGGUGUCGCCUCACCAGUACACCGUGACGAGUCACGGUGGCAGUCACGCCGACCCGGCGGAGGACAAGCGACGGUUGCUGGAGUUUGUGCUGCAGCGCCUCCAGCAGCAAUAUCAGAUCGUCGUCGACAGCCCUGGCCUCGCCGCUGGUUCGCAGUGGCCGCGCGCCGACCCGUCGCCGAACGCGCGGCUGGAGAUGUCGCUUGGGCAUCAGACACACACGCUCAAGGUGGGCGAGACGGCGAAGACGAUCUCGGUAACGCGCAUGUUGCACCGAGGCAUGUAUAGCAACGGACAGGUGACGCACAUGCUGAGGUACCGCUACCUGCUGUGGAACUACCUGGCAGACGAGUUCACCGCGCGUGAGGUGCACAUGGAGGCUCAGGUGGGCGAGCGCAGUGCUUUCCGGUGGGAGUCGCUCGAUGGCUGGCUGCAGGAGCGGCCGAAGGAGUUCAUCCCACGCGGGCCAGACCUCUGGCUGCGCUCACGCGAGGUGGCCGUCGCGCUGCUUCCCGAGGAUGCGGCCCACCCUCCGCCGUACGAGGAGUUCUGCCGCUUCAUCAACUACAGUUUCUCAGUGCAUCUGUCUACGUACGGCAAGGUGGCGUGGAGGCCGCACGAGGACGGUGUGUCGCUCGACAUCUCUGAGCCGAUGCCCCUGAUUCUGCCCGCAACACCGCCGUUGAUGGAGGUGGCGCUCGUGCACGACAACCCCCUCACCUUCGACACACGCAACAUCGUCGACCGCGUCACCGGCCGCACCGUCGGCUUCGAGGUCCCCGUGCAGGAGCGGUUCACGAGCAUCGACAUCAGUCUGCCACAGGAGUACGACAGCCACUGCUGCUACUUCUUGAAAGUGUCUUGGCUGGCGUGCGCCGCCUGCAUCGUCGUCGACUGGAUGGGCUCCUUCAUCGCGAACGCCGCGCGCUUUCACUUCCACGCCGUCCCCGUGGGCUGCUACUACAACAGCCCCAAGGCGGAGUCGUUGACCGCACACUAUGACGUCGAGGCGGCGUCGCCGGAUGAGGAGCCGGCGCUGCGUCGGGCGCUGGUGGAGCUACUCAUGACGCCGGCCUACCACUACUACCCGGACACGCCGGUGCUGACGCGCAACUGUCGCCUCGUGCACGUCAGCGGCCUGUGCUGCGUCGUUGUGCCCCCGAGUGCGACAACGGUGGCGCAGUGGUAUCAGAACGCGUUUGUGCGGCAAGGCUCUGUGGAGCAGCUGGAGCUGCUGGCACAGUUCAAGGAGGCGGUGACGAAGGCGCGGCUGCGUGUCGCGGACGUAGCCGCUGGCCCCGCCUCUGCUGCUGGUGUGCCUCACCCGACAACGGGAGGAAGUGUGAGCUGCUCGCAGUGA